GGGAGCAGUGAUUGACCUUUCCUUCAUCUGGCCAAAGAUGCCUCUCUUUGGGAAUACAUUCAGUCCGAAGAAGACGCCUCCUCGGAAGUCAGCUUCUCUCUCCAACCUUCACUCUCUGGACCGGUCCACCCGGGAGGUUGAGCUGGGCCUUGACUACGGAACGCCCACCAUGAACUUGGCAGGGCAAAGCCUCAAGUUUGAGAAUGGCCAGUGGAUAGCAGAUACCGGGAUUAGUGCAGGUGUGGACCGGAGGGAGGCUCAGCGCCUUCGCAGGCGGAACCAGCAGUUGGAGGAAGAGAACAAUCUCUUGCGGCUGAAAGUGGACAUCCUGCUAGACAUGCUCUCUGAAACCACUGCUGAAUCCCACCUGAUGGAGAAGGAGCUGGAUGAACUGAGGAGUGUCAGCCGGAGGAGGAAAUGAAGACCCCAAAGAGAUUUGUUAGGCAAGCGGGGAGAAACCCACUGAUCUGGGGAGUAGGAUGUGGCUGAGGGUUUUUUGUUUUUGUUUUUGUUUUUUUUUUUAAGCCCAGCUAGUCGAGUAGGUCCUGGGAGAGAGUAUCUGAUAAUAGGACCAGAAGGCACUGGCGCCCUUGAGUUGGCAGUGGGAAGGUGUAAUGGAGGAAACCAAGAUUCUAGGCCAGGCGAUAACUAGAAACAUGUUCUUAGUGCACUGUGUAGGGAUGCCAAUCUGUAAACCAGACAUCAGGGAUGUCAGGGGUGAUGUUAAGCCUUUGGGUGCUCUCCAGACUCACCUUCAAUGGACAGACCCCAAUGGCAGAAGCAGCUGGAGUUCAUCAUAUCACCCCUUAUGUUGGUGUUUGGGGUAUAGCAGGAGGUCUCGUACGGGCGGUGCUCCCGGUUCUCUGCCCUGCAGGCCACUCUCUCCCAGCUUUAAAAAAUACUCGUCCCUCAAACCCACAACCUCCUCUGCUUCUGGCAUCUCAGCAAGCACCAGCGUUCAUGGCAACUAUAUUUUUUUGUGCUACUUUCUUGUUUACACUACUUCUUUUUUUAUUAAAUGAUGUUAAAUGAAUCUCUCUGUCACCAAAGUGAGUGAAAAAAGAAGUUUCAGUUCUUGAAGAAGCAAAUGGAGCCUGGAGUCCAAGCUCCCACUGCUCCAUGUGAAGACAGACUUGCAUGGUUGUAGGGAAAUGUUGC